AUGUCCAUCAGAUCCGUACCGCAGUCGCCCACACAGAACGUGCUGCUGUCGUCACCCCGGAUCCAGAUGGAGCACCACCACGCUCACCGCAGACUCUCACUGUCGCCACAACUGCCCAUUUCGCAGAGAAGCAACGGCGGCUCUUUCUCGUCAGAGUCCACCAAGUCGUCGAAGUCGCCCAAAACCACCCGGAUCAUCACCCACCUAAGCCUUGACAUGUCGAGACAGCCGCAGGACAUCCAGCAGGUGCUGGCGGGCAACGUGGAAGACUCGCCACAGCUUCUGGCGACCUCCGUCGGUGCCGAGGUGGGGAGCGAGUUGGUGCCGUCCAUUUCCAACAUCUCCCUCCUGUCCUUGAACCAGCAGCAAAACACCUUGACCAGCCAGAUGCUGACUGACGCCUACUCAGCGGAUACGGUCAUCUCCUCCGCUACGGCAAAUUCACAGGACAUGUCGUCCAGAUUCAACACGUCCUCGCAUAGACACUUGACUUUGCAAAGAGUGCCGAACUCUCUCCCACUGCAACACACGCAGUUCUCCAUCGGAAGCAGGAAAUCCUCUUUCAACUCUCCAACACUGCAGAGUCCACAGAUGUUCAUUCCGCAGACGAGGUCAAGUCUGAGAAGAUCGAGCUCAAACUCCUUUCAGCAGCCGCCACCCCAGUCAGUCUCCGGCCAGUACAGGUCCCAGCAGCCCAAGCAGCCUAUCCAGAUAAAACAAAGAGCCAUCAACAUCGACGACUCAUACGCAGAGCCAGACUCUCCGGCGCUUGUCCCCAUCUCUCUUGCAGGCUCCCCUUCAAAUUUCCUACUAUCGCAUUCUUCGCCCCCAAACUCUUACAAAGCAGCAUCUCUGUUACCGUCCAUAUCACAGCCUCUUCCUAGAAACAUUGGCAACAGCAACGGCGCAGCCAACAACUACCCAUUACCUUCGACUAUUCUGCCACAAACAGCAACAAACAGACUGUUUUCGUCGAGGCCUCAAAGCUCACAGCUAAAACUGUCUUUGAAUAGGUUUUCCGACGACUAUCUUCCACAUCCAAGUCUCCCCUUGACCCGUGCAGACUCUUUGACAGACUCUAUUGGAGGUCGUUCGCCUGAGCUAGCCCCUGUAUCAUCCACUUUACCGCCUAUGACACCAUUGAUUUUGUCCAUGCCUAGCGAACUCUCCUCGAGAUCGAAUUCCAAUGUGGUGGUCGAUGACGAUUGUGAUGAUUUCAAUAGUGGAGACUCCCAUCACCACAGCAGAAGUGACGGCAUCAAAGAUGGAAACAGCUUCAGUAGCUCAUCUGAUAAACAUAUCAGAACCAUGGAAGGUACGAAUCAUAGUACAACCAUGAACGACUAUAAUAAUUCUAAUAUUAGCAGAGUUAGCACCCAUACACAGAAAGAUGAACAGGAUUCAUUUAGUCAAAAUGAUGAUAUUUUCGGCGAAACAAUUGAUGACUGA